AUACUGCAAGCGCCAGACAGCCCUAGACUUAUACGCCGCCUCUCCCAUGCUGCCAGUGGCUGUCAAGACAUGCUGUUCCUUCUCGCCACCGUCUCUGCCCACCUCCGCAGCACAACUGACGACUGUCGCGACAUAAACGACUGUCGCCGGCUAUUCGACAUCAUCUGGGGCUGCUUGGUCACCGUCUUCUUGUGUAUCUGGGUGUCUGUGCACCCCAAUGUCCCGCCACCAACGUCUGCGCGACCUAACAAGGGAGCUGGGCUAUGGAGCCGUGUGAAGUGGACUCUGCUUGACGGCAAUAGACCGUUAUUGCACCGAUUCAAGCUCAUGGUCGUCGCUCUUAUUGCGCCGGAGCUCAUCAUUGGACUGGCCGGGAAGCAGGCAAUGAUGGCUCAUGCUUUCGCUCACGAAUACGAUCUAUCUUUUACGCACGGGUUUUUUAUUGUCAUGGGCGGCUUCGUCGACGCAGACGGCCACCCCAUCGUCACGAGAAAGCAAAUCAUGGCCGGAAAUGUAUUACGAGAGAUCCAAGCGGUGCUCGAAUCGGAAAUCGAGGACAAAAGCAAGGGCGAUGCCUUCUCAAAAGGCCUCGCACUUUGUCAAGGCCUCUGGUUCAUCGCCCAAUGCGUCGCCCGGAGAGCACAGCAUCUCCCCCUCGCUGAGCUCGAAGUUGCAACGCUAGCGUUCGCUAUGAUCAACGCUCUCACCUGGGUACUGUGGCUGCCAAAACCACUCGAUGUGCGGACCCCGUUCAAGCUGUCUGUAACAUCUGUCCCCGCCAGCGAGAGAAACUCAUUGCCAUAUUCCACUCGCGGCCUAACACUUUUCGAGCGAUUUGAGCUUAUGUUCACAAACCUAUACGCGCUGUACGAGUACGACCCUCUAUCAAAUGUGGCCUUACCGACAUUCUGGUGUGCAGCCUACGAGGACUUUCAAAUCUUCUCUACUGUGCUAUCAAUGGGCAUGGCUGUAUGCGCUCAACUUCUGUGUGGCUCGCUCUUUGGCGCAAUCCACUGCAUUGCGUGGGCCACGGCCUUCCCCUCCAUUGCUGAGAUGUGGCUGUGGCGCGCAGCAGUGCUCGUUCUUGUCGCGGCACCCCUCAUUCUCAUCUUUUAUGCAUGCCUGGAAAUUCAGACAACCCUCAUCUCAGAUGCUCAUUGGCAGGUUGCACUCAUUAUCGUCGCCAGCACCUACUCGCUGGCCCGCAUUAUUCUCCUGGUGUUACCGUUAUCCACCCUGCGUUCGCUGCCUGCUGCAGCUUUCAGAGAUGUUGAUUGGAGUGUCUACAUACCUCACCUCUACUCCGUCCUCACCAACCCGUCCUUCCUCUCCCCUACACAUCCGCCCUCGUUAUACACAAGCUCACGAGAAGUCCGGGGUGUCGGACAACUCACCACACGAUGGCUUACUGACUGCCCGCUUGUCCACGCCAGCAGUCGUGUCCUCGCUCAUGCGACGUCGCACCAGCGCCUCAACAAUCGAUUACCGUGGUUGCUAGGAAAGGAGGAGCACGGUAUGGGCCAGCGGGAUGAAGAGAUAAUGGUCUUCUUGGUGUAUCUCGCCCGCAACUCUCCUUCCGGCGCUUUAAAAGGCUCGAUAUCACUCCCUCAGCUCGUCCUUGAGCGGCAUAUCCCGCUCCAUCAGCUGUUGGACGACAACGGAUAUCGACAACGGAGCCAGAGAUAUAGCAGGACUGAAACCCCGUUAGAAGCUCACUAUAUGGCAGCUAGACAACUGCCCCGCGGGACAUACUUUCGCCACACGGAGGAUCCCAUCAGCCAACUCUCCAACACCAGCAGCAAAAACACGCACCCAGCCGGCGCGGUCACGCAGCCCGAGUUCUUCUUGCUGCUCGCCUGCGCGCCGUUCGCACAGUUGUCGUGCUUGCCGCCCGACUCGAAGAAGUCGAUGCCCUUUGCGCCGUUGAAGAAGAUACUGCGCGCGGUGCGGCCCUUGGCGAGGAGCACGCACUGGCCCGCUCUCGCCGCGGGUUGA